UCCUCGCCAUCCUCGCCAUCCUCCAUCCACCCGUCCUCGCCAUCCUCCAUCCGUCCUCGCCGGGAGGGCCUUCGUCGCCUCGGUACGACCGGAAGCGAGAAGUUGUUUGGACUAAAGAUCAGAAGGGGGGUCGAGGGGUUCCACAUGCGGUUCUUUAUCAUAUCUGCGCCGUCUUGCAGGACCGCUCGAGCGAGAAGCCUGCCAUCCUCGCGAUCCAUCCUCCAUCCAUCUUGCGUCCAUCUUGCGUCCAUCCAUCCUCGCCACUUGGGCGGCUUCCAUCCUGAGACGUCCGACGUCUUAAUUGUUUCAAUACAAACGACGAACAGCAAUCCAUCUCGAUGUUUGUCGGCACGUCGGAUACAAUAGGAGCCGCCCAUGCCAAGAAGCGCCGUACGUUUUGCUAGUUCGGGUGCCUUAGGUUGUUAGGUUUGCGUUCGAUUGAAGGCUUGCAGCGGUCGUGAAAAACUCGCAGCAGGGCAUCCUGAGCUCCGUGGGCGCUGAUGAGUUUUGGAGCGCGCGCCCGAAAGUUCAAGAAACCAACGGGCAUGGGGCACCCUGAGUUUCUUCGCUGACAGCCGCUACGCAAGAAACCUAAUCCUGGCCCAAGAAACUUCUGCGAUGUUUAUGGUAGGGUUUCUUGUGGACUGGUAUUGGCCACGUUGGUGCCCUCGCCAUCCCCCAGGACCACUUGAACGAGUUCCUGGCCACCAGCUUGGCCUUCCGAGGCCAGGCCGAGGUCCCCGGCGAGGCCCCGGCGCCAGGGCGCUGCGAUCCGUCGCGGCCGUGGUUGGCGCCGUUCGCGGCGACGCUGGACGCCGACGCCGCCGUGGGCCUGGUCCCGGCGGCGGGCGCGCCGCUCGGGUCGUUCUGCACGCUGCCCAUGGCUUUCAACUUCUGCGCCACAGCGCCCUGCCUCAGGCACUUCCACGACGCGUUCGGGGCCCCCCGUGCGGCGAUGCUCGACCAGCUCGCAGGCGCCCACGGCCCGCCCCGCUUCCUCGGCGCGGCCGUGCUGCACUGGCCGGGGGCGCUGCAGAAGCCAUGGCAGCGGUGCCUCCCGGCGACGAGGUCGCACAUGGACGCCGCGUGGUGGGAUGCAUUCGAGGCCGCGUGCCGGGAGGCGCCGGAGCGCGGGGCCUGCAGCAUCGCGUGCGGCGCCGGCGCUCGCAGCGUGCCGGAGGAAGCGGCCGCCCCGGUCACUCUUGCGUGUGGCCGACGUCCUCGUCGUCGAUCGAUCGGCGGCGAGGGCGAGGAAGAA